AGCACCCUUCACAGAAUCGCGAAGCCGCUUGGAAACAAGUUUUUCACCCAUUGUCAGAGUCAGCUCAGUGCAGAUUUGUAUAAAAAAGGAAGAACAAUAACUCCCAUAAACGCGAAUAUUAUAUAUGAUCCAGGGCUCAGGGCUACGGUGCCCCCCCUUAGCGUAGGGGGCGGGCACCGGUAGCCCCGGACCCCUUCGGAGACGUCUGCCGGGGGUGGAAGGCCUCAAAAGGGGGCCAAGGGACUCCUCCGCUCCCUUCCAGCUGCCUGGCUGUUCCCUACAGACCUCCGGCUUCAAAAGGGGCCGAAGGGACCGCCUGCGCCCCCUUCCAGGUGCCUGCUUGUGCCCUACGUGCCUCCUAUAUGCUUCGCCGCCGCAGCAGUGCGCCGAAGGUCAAAGGCCUCGGAAGGCGGCAAAAGGCGAGGGGCUGGACCCCCUGAGCCGUGCGGCCUGUGCCCUCCCUCCCGGCCCUUGGUUAUCGGCUUGCUUGCUCUUGAGACCGUGGCCGCCUUCGGUGGCCUUUUACCCCGGAGACCUCCCACCUGCGAGGGUCAGCAGAGGCCACCUGAGGAACACGCAGAGAGGCGCAAGGGGACGCCGGCGCCCCGUUUUGGCGCCUUCCACCACUACAAUCCGCGAAAAUCGGCGCGGAAAAGCGCGCGCGCCACCCCGGACCAUGCCACAGGGGAGAGGAGCUGGCCAGCCCUACAACGUAUACACUCAUACUUUCUUACACGAAGAACAUCUUCAUCCCGUGUGCUUAUCGAGUGAAUUAUAGUACUAGAACAGCCUUUGUUAGUCAGCCAAUGUCAAAUGACCUCAAAUAGUUUGCAUAAAAACAUCAUGCAGCUCUUUGCCGUGAGUCCUAAGGAGGACUGCCCGCACGUCGCCGCGUGCGUGAAGCCCUUGAGUUUCUAUGCCGACAAGGGCAUCCAUUUGCGCACUGCGUCAUGCCCGCAGUGCGGCGAAACAAGCGAAAACUGGCUGUGCUUGCGGUGUGCCGGAGUUUACUGCAGCCGGUACAAGAACGAGCAUGCACUCUUUCACUACAUCGAAACAAUGAGCGAACAAGAGAACCAAGGAGCCAAGCCUCACUCCGUGUCCCUCUCAUUUUCGGACCUCUCGUUUUGGUGCUACAUUUACGGCUUCUCCUAAUACAUCUUCGCAGGGAUCUUAGAGACGUUUUCAAAGGGAAACAGUCUCAGGAUGGCCUUGGAGAUGGAUUAGGGUGAGCUCUAAUACAUGUGUGACAGCUACGUGGUUGCACCAGAACUAGUACCCCUAUUAAGGCUAGUUUUCAGUCACUGUCUGGAUGUGGGAGAUAGUCAACGCCAUUUUAUAGUGUGACUAUCCACGUUAUAAAUCAGAACGAAUCUCAAGGGCUAAACAGGAGCGAGCUUACGGCUUUAGAUGUACGCAAAUCAUGGGAAAGAUGUGCGGGCUAGAUGUAUACGUCUGAGAUAUAUACCAAGCGACGGAUAUCUUCUACGUAAAUCACGGGAAAGCCAAGGCGCACUCUUGAGAUGUACUUACGCCGGGGCGAUUCGUGGCGGGUCUCCAAAGUUCUACUUUUUUGAGAUGUACGGAAAUCAUGGGAAAGAUGUGCGGGCUAGGUGUAUACAUCUCGCGCCGUGAAAGUGCCGCGGUUUUGGGUACAGCUUUCCCCUGAUUCUACUCCUGCUAAGUAUUUCGGCAGUACCUGCUGCCAGGGUAUUUGCUUAUGUAACACGUAAUAGCUUGUAGCAUGUAGCUGCUUUGAUUAUUCCAUAGCCCGCCACUCUUUACGUAAUUCGUAGCACCCCGGUAGGCCGUAUGGAUUUCAUGCAACUCGGAGCAUUUGCAACACCCUUCUGCCUUGCCCCAGCGUGUGCACACGCCGGGCGCGCGUGGGCGGUAAUUAUAUCUAACGACGGUGGUAGCAAGGUGUGAGGCACAGGCUGCAAUAUGCCUGGAUCUUCUGACUUCAGAAGGGAGGUAAUCAAGGGUGGAGUAAAAACCCCUUGAUUUCCAGAAACUCGGCGGCGAAUCUUCACUCAUCCACAGGGAGUGACUCUGAUUGACUGUACCUCUUCUAACCUGAAGACGUUUUUUUGAACAACAAAAGUUUGGCCAGGUCGAGCUAAGUGCCGCUGAAGCCAUCGAUCUCGUGACGCAAAGUUUUAUUGAGGCCGGUGCACCCUCGUCCUCCAGCAGUGGUGGACAUCACCAACAUAUUCAUGCUGCAUCACCGUCAGGAGCAUCUUCAAGCGGUGCUGGCCAAAUGCUUGGUCUUGCGACAUUCAACGUCGCUCAAAAUGGAGCUGGAGCAUCGUCAUCAAGCGCAAGUAGUGAAGCACAUUGCCGAAGACCAGAAGACCAAGACCACAAGGGCGGUUUACUGGAGCAACAAGUACCGUCUUUCCCUUCAAAUAGUCGUGGUUGUCACAAUUAUGGACACCAGGGAGCUUCCUCAAGUAGCAGUAGCAGUGGACAACAAAAUAAAGCGCCUUCAAACGAUGUAGUACAGGAGAUAGGCCAAAGUACUACAGAUACAAAAGACGCCAUAUAGGUCGCACCAUGACACCACGGGAGGACUUUUUAUCUUCCAUGUUCUUGAAUGUGAACAACGCCGAUGAUCAUGCAUCAGGACUCAGAUCCUUUUUCUUUCAUAGUUCUCUUGUAACAGAUGUUGUCGCAUAAAAUGAACAAAAGCGAAGAAGCAUUCAACACUACACAUGCAAGCACAACCUACAAAGCCGUCUUUUACAGAAAAGUGUAGGCUUCAGCCUCAUGCGACC